AAAGGUACGUCGUGUCCCCACCUCCUGGUCCCAGAAACCUGUCCGCACCAAGUCAGCGCUUCCCAUGCUGGGUGGAAACUUAAAAAUCAAUAAAGAUCGUCGGCUGCGGUGCAAUUCAGAUGCUGAAGAAUACCAGCCUCCAAUAUGGAAAUCAUACCUAUAUCAGUUACAGCAAGAGGCACCUCGUCCCAAGAGAAUCAUUUGUCCUCGGGAGGUGGAAAACAGGCCAAAAUAUUAUGGAAGAGAGUUUCAUGGGAUCAUCUCUCGGGAGCAGGCGGAUGAGCUUCUCGGAGGCGUGGAGGGUGCCUACAUCCUUAGAGAAAGCCAGCGGCAACCAGGAUGCUACACGCUGGCUCUCAGGUUUGGAAACCAGACCUUAAACUACAGGCUCUUCCACGACGGGAAACACUUUGUGGGCGAGAAGAGGUUUGAGUCGAUUCACGAUCUGGUGACAGAUGGCUUGAUAACACUGUACAUAGAAACAAAAGCUGCCGAGUACAUUUCAAAAAUGACAACUAACCCCAUCUACGAACACAUUGGAUAUGCCACCCUACUCAGAGAAAAAGUAUCCAGAAAGCUGAGCAAGUCUAAAAACGAACCAAGAAAAACAAACGUCACACACGAAGAACACACGGCGGUGGACAAGAUCUCCUCCCUGGUUCGAAGGGCAGCCCUCACACACAACGACAACCACUUCAACUAUGAGAAGACACACAACUUUAAGGUCCACACGUUCCGAGGCCCACAUUGGUGUGAAUAUUGUGCCAAUUUCAUGUGGGGGCUCAUCGCCCAAGGGGUCCGGUGCUCAGACUGUGGAUUGAACGUACACAAACAGUGUUCCAAGCACGUUCCCAAUGACUGCCAACCUGAUCUCAAGAGGAUCAAGAAAGUAUACUGUUGUGACCUCACAACACUUGUGAAGGCUCACAACACUCAGAGACCCAUGGUGGUGGACAUUUGCAUUCGGGAAAUUGAAGCAAGAGGAUUAAAAUCGGAAGGCCUUUACAGAGUCUCUGGGUUCACUGAACACAUUGAAGACGUCAAAAUGGCAUUUGACAGAGAUGGUGAAAAGGCCGAUAUAUCUGCCAAUGUCUAUCCAGACAUAAACAUCAUCACUGGAGCCCUUAAACUGUAUUUCAGAGACUUACCCAUCCCUGUCAUCACAUAUGAUACCUACUCCAAAUUUAUAGAUGCAGCAAAAAUCUCCAAUGCAGAUGAGAGGCUGGAAGCCGUCCAUGAAGUGCUGAUGCUGCUGCCUCCUGCCCACUAUGAAACCCUCCGGUACCUAAUGAUCCACCUCAAAAAGGUUACUAUGAAUGAAAAAGACAAUUUCAUGAAUGCAGAAAAUCUGGGGAUCGUGUUUGGGCCCACUCUGAUGAGGCCCCCUGAGGACAGCACCCUUACCACCCUGCAUGAUAUGCGGUACCAAAAGCUGAUUGUGCAGAUUUUAAUAGAAAACGAAGACGUUUUAUUCUAAUCCAUCAGGGAAAUGAGUUGAAUGGCCUAAGCCCCAUCCAAGUUGACAAAGCUAAAGGAAUAAAAACUUUUCUUACCACUUGAUUUGUUUUCCAAACAAGUGCUAGAAUUUGCUGGACUGCAGAGGAUCGCUGAGUGGGGUACUGUGUCUCAUAGACAUGCGCCACCUCCACAUGAGAACAAGGGUGAAGGUGACGGAAGCCCCCUCACCUUGGGUCUUUUGCUGUGCCUCCUAUGUAUGUCUGGUUUGCUGGAAGAGUGAUUAAUACAUCUUUAAUUUAUUAAAAACAAUGUAGACCUUUAAAUUUCAGUCUUAUUGGUAAUAAAAGGGAACUUAACUCAUAAAGGUACUUGAUACAGUUAUACAUUUUCCACUUACAAAAAGAAGACAAUUCUGUUCAAUGUUAAAUGAAACCUAUAUCAUAAAACAUAUUUUUAUUUUAGCCACAAGAAUGUUAUUUUUAGCAAAUAGAACUCAAUGCAGUGCAUUGGUUAUUACCCUGUGUACCUUGUCCCUCAUUUUGCUGUGACACCCUGAAAAAGCUGACCACAAAUGCAGUAUUAUCUCGACAUACCUCUGUCCUCCUCAGUGCUUUUCAAUGAAAUUUCACCUGCCCUUUGUGUUCCUGCUUUUGACAGUUUUUGCUCUUAAGCACUGGCAUUCUUCUAUUGUAUGGUAUAUAUUUAUAGCAAUUGUAGGAUGCUCUGAAAUGUCCACCAAUUUUCUUUUCAUACAAAUUUUGUGAAUUCCCAAAGUAUGCUUUGGAAUUGGUCAUAGUCUUUUCGUAUCAUGAAUGUGUAUCCCAGAAGAUACAGAAUGCGGUCAUUUUACCUGAAAUUAUUUGAGAACACUGGAUGUAUCUGGUCUGUGUAAAAAGUUAGCACUUUCCCUCUUUUCUUCCUGGCCAAGCCCUCUGAAUUCAUCUGUUAAUAUCAAAUUGUAUUUUUGCCACAUUUCUGUAUUGGUGAAAAGCGAAUCUGCAGAAUUGUCAAUGUUUUUCAUUUUUGUUCUAGAAACCUAUUUUUUAAAGUGAGAAUAAGGUUGGUUUUUACCAAAUAUUUGUUCCUCCUUGACAAAAGUAGCUCUGUGUGGAUAAUUCAAUAUGAUUUUAUUACUAUAGUUCCAUUCUCUUGGUUAUAUUUAUCUUAGCAUGAGCCUUUCACACCAAGAUUUCUAUAUUUUGUAACAUAGGUGAAAUAUUUAAAACAUCAAAAACUGUAAAUCUAGAUUUUUAAAAAAUCCAACCACAAUGUCUUUUCCUUUGAUUGAGAUGAUUUGUGUAAACUCACCAAUCUUGCUUUGGAGUGAGCAGAAGAGAAUGACUGUGUUACGUGGAGCAUCACCGUGUGACUGUUGACCUGAACAGUCCCAAGGGCUAUGCAGAUGGACUCCAUUGGCACACAGAGGUCAGAAUGGUUUGACCUCUUCCCUGCUAUUAUCCCUCCUCCCAACUGUACAGCUUUGUCUGUUGUAGUUUAUGUACUUCUUGAUACUGUCAAAAAAUUAUCUGGAAAUGGUUUUAUUUUGUGAAGUGAACAAUACUUUGUAAUUUAUGAUAGUGUAAAUGGAAGGCAAAGCAUCACAUGUAUUAAAUUCUUCUGUCUAUUAUUCUGGA